GGGACCGAGGCUGGUUCCUCCCGCCCCGCUGAUUUUUCCGAAUUCCUCCGCCACGCCUCCCUCGUCGCGUCCGGAAGCUGAGAGGGUCCGCUGGCAGCCAUGGCGGCGCACCUCAAAAAGCGGGUGUACGAGGAAUUCACUAAGGUGGUUCAGCAACAACAGGAGGAAAUUGCUACUAAGAAACUUCGACUGACAAAACCAAGUAAAUCUGCAGCACUCCAUAUAGAUCUGUGUAAGGCUACCUCCCCGGCAGAUGCUUUGCAGUACCUGCUUCAGUUUGCCAGGAAGCCUGUUGAGGCAGAAAGUGUGGAGGGAGUAGUCAGGAUUCUCUUGGAACAUUACUACAAGGAAAAUGAUCCAUCUGUGAGACUGAAAAUUGCAUCAUUGUUGGGUUUACUGUCAAAGACUGCAGGAUUUUCACCAGACUGCAUUAUGGAUGAUGCCAUUAACAUCUUGCAGAAUGAAAAGUCUCAUCAAGUCCUAGCUCAGCUGUUGGACACUUUGCUUGCAAUUGGCACUAAACUCCCAGAGAAUCAAGCUAUCCAGAUGCGAUUAGUUGAUGUAGCCUGCAAGCACCUGACAGAUACCUCACAUGGUGUAAGAAACAAGUGCCUGCAAUUACUUGGUAAUCUUGGUUCUUUGGAGAAAAGUGCCGCAAAAGAUACAGAAGGCCUAGCCGUCAGAGAUGUCCAGAAGAUUAUAGGGGAUUACUUCAGUGACCAAGACCCACGUGUCAGAACAGCAGCUAUUAAAGCAAUGUUGCAGCUCCAUGAAAGAGGACUGAAAUUACACCAAACAAUUUAUAAUCAGGCCUGUAAAUUGCUCUCUGAUGACUAUGAACAAGUGCGCAGUGCUGCAGUCCAGCUUAUCUGGGUUGUCAGUCAGCUAUAUCCUGAAAGCAUUGUCCCAAUCCCUUCUUCUAAUGAAGAAAUUCGCUUAGUUGAUGAUGCUUUUGGAAAAAUUUGUCACAUGGUUAGUGAUGGCUCCUGGGUAGUUCGUGUUCAAGCUGCAAAGCUGUUGGGCUCUAUGGAGCAAGUCAGUUCUCAUUUCUUGGAGCAGACACUUGACAAGAAGCUGAUGUCAGAUCUGAGGAGGAAACGCACUGCACAUGAGCGCGCCAAGGAACUUUACAGCUCAGGGGAGUUUUCCAGUGGCAGGAAGUGGGGAGAUGAUGCUCCCAAGGAAGAAAUAGAUACGGGGGCUGUGAACUUGAUAGAGUCAGGAGCUUGCGGAGCCUUUGUUCAUGGAUUGGAAGAUGAGAUGUAUGAGGUCCGCAUUGCUGCUGUAGAGGCUCUCUGCAUGCUGGCCCAGUCUUCACCCUCUUUUGCUGAGAAGUGCCUUGACUUCUUGGUUGACAUGUUUAAUGAUGAAAUUGAGGAAGUACGUCUGCAGUCCAUACACACGAUGAGAAAAAUCUCUAACAAUAUCACUCUUCGAGAGGAUCAGCUUGACACUGUCCUUGCUGUGUUAGAGGAUUCAUCCAGAGAUAUUAGAGAGGCUCUUCAUGAACUUUUAUGCUGUACUAAUGUUUCAACCAAAGAAGGGAUUCAUCUUGCACUGGUGGAGCUGCUGAAAAAUUUAACCAAGUACCCUACUGAUAGGGACUCCAUAUGGAAAUGUUUGAAGUUUCUGGGAAGUCGACAUCCAACCCUGGUGCUCCCCUUGGUGCCGGAGCUCCUGAGUACCCAUCCGUUUUUUGACACUGCUGAACCAGACAUGGAUGAUCCGGCUUACAUUGCAGUUUUGGUUCUUAUUUUCAACGCUGCUAAAACCUGUCCAACAAUGCCCGCAUUAUUUUCAGAUCAUACCUUCAGGCACUAUGCCUACCUCCGUGACAGUCUUUCUCAUCUUGUUCCUGCCUUGAGGUUACCAGGUAGAAAAUUAGUGUCAUCAGCUGUGUCUCCCAAUAUCACACCCCAAGAGGAUCCCUCCCAUCAGUUCCUGCAGCAGAGCCUUGAAAGGGUAUAUAGUCUUCAGCAUCUGGACCCUCAGGGAACCCAGGAGCUGCUAGAGUUCACCAUCAGGGAUCUGCAGAGACUUGGAGAGCUUCAGUGUGAAUUGGCAGGAGUAGCUGACUUCUCUGCUACCUAUCUUAGGUGUCAGCUUCUUCUCAUCAAGGCGUUGCAGGAAAAGCUGUGGAAUGUGGCCGCCCCUUUGUAUUUGAAGCAGAGCGAUUUGGCCUUGGCAGCAGCAAAACAGAUCAUGGAAGAGACCUACAAAAUGGAAUUCAUGUAUAGUGGAGUGGAGAACAAGCAGGUGGUGAUUAUCCAUCACAUGAGGCUACAGGCCAAAGCCUUGCAACUUAUAGUAACAGCACGGACUACUCGAGGAGUUGACCCCUUAUUUGGAAUGUGUGAAAAAUUUUUACAAGAAGUGGACUUUUUUCAGAGGUGUUUCAUUGCCGAUUUGCCCCACCUGCAAGACAGCUUUGUGGACAAACUUCUUGACCUCAUGCCCCGACUCAUGACAGCCAAACCUGCAGAAGUGGUCAAAAUUCUACAGACCAUGCUGCGGCAGAGUACCUUUCUACACCUUCCCCUUCCAGAGCAGAUCCACAAAGCCUCAGCUACCAUUAUUGAGCCAGCAGGCGAGUCAGACAACCCUUUGCGGUUUACAUCUGGGUUGGUGGUGGCCCUGGAUGUCGAUGCAACCCUGGAACAUGUGCAGGAUCCUCAGAACAUUGUCAAGGUCCAGGUCUUAUAUCCAGAUGGUCAGGCUCAGAUGAUCCACCCUAAGCCGGCAGACUUCCGGAAUCCUGGCCCAGGGCGUCACCGGCUUAUCACUCAGGUGUACCUCUCCCACACUGCCUGGACAGAACCAUGCCAGGUCGAAGUGAGACUGCUGCUGGCCUACAACUCCAGUUCACGCAUUCCAAAAUCCCUUUGGAUUGAGGGUGGAGAGAUGGCACCCCAGGUGGAAACCAGCAUUGAGGGCACCAUUCCCUUAAGCAAGUCCGUAAAAGUGUACAUAAUGCCCAAGCCCGCAAGGCGCUGAGUCACAAGCAGUCUUUACAGCCGUGUGCGAGAAGGCCCUUCUUGGGAUCAGAGUGAGCCGGAAGCCUAGAGCAUUUCACCUGGAAAUGGUAAUACAGGCAUAAGGAGGAACAUGUGACCCUUAUAGUCUCAUCUGGUAUCAAACAUUGGGUAAAUUAUUUUGCAUUAAGAAAACAAAAACCUUCAGGUCAAUCCCACCCCUACCCCACCAUCUACCCCACCAGCUCUGCCUCCAAUAAAGUUGAGAGAAGACCAGGCUAUUCUAGUUCCUGACCUUAAACAAAUUUGUGUGGCUAUAGAUUCAACAUUUAUACCACAUGCUUACAUUCUUCAGGUGUGAAACAAAGAUCCAAUUUUCUGGCCACUUCCAAAGAACCAGUUAUUGGAGCCAUAAUCUCACUUCUUAAAGCAGUAGUCUGUUUGCCAGGGCCAACUCCAAAGCAAUUUUCACAGCUGUACUUUUCCACCAUCCAGAGUUCCUGAAUGGCCCUAGAUACUUGUUAUCUUACCGAGCGUCUCCUUCCCCAGCUCAGACAAUAGCUGGGCCAAGGACUGAAUGAAUAGCUGAAGAAUGAAUCAUUUUCAUCCCUGAGGGAAAUUCUUGAUCUUGCCUAUCAUUAUCCUUAGAACCAAAAUAAUAGAGAAGGGCCAUAUUUUAGGGGGAAAAAACCCUAAAAAACAAGAUUAUGGGAAAGAGGGAUCCGGUGUAAGAAAUAGUCAUUUCCCACUACUUCUCUGAUGACUCCAGUGUUGGAGCUACUUCGCUGGCCUGGGUCACACAACUAGUAAAUGACAGAGGUGGGAGGUGAACCCAGGCAGUCUGCCUCAAGGAGAUCAUAACUGCUCUAGAAGGACUAAGGGAAGAAGAUUACUUGCAGGGAGCUUGCUUUUCAAGUGUGCUCACAUAUUUUGAAUAUCUCAAGAUGUGCCAUCAGUGGGUUCUUGUGUGUCAACAAGGUGCCCUAAAAAAAUCUGCUUGUAGAUAAAAUGAAGCUUGAAGCCAGGCUGAAUCAUACCAUGGCCCAGAUACAAGCACCUAAUGACUGCUGGGUUGGAGCACAAAUGAAAACAUCAAGACGCAUGGCUGCUAAUUGAGCCCUUCAUGCCAUAGCUAUAGAAUGCCUUCCAAGGGAAGAAUAUGCUGGAUCCUUUUCAGAUACACUACCUCUUUAAUAAAAAUCCUUCUUGGUUAUUCCCCAUUUUACACGUAGGGAAACUGAGGCUUUGAGAUAAUGUCUUCCUCCUAAGGGGCAAGGCCAGGAUUUGAUCCUAGGUCUUAAAACCUAAAAUACAGUACUUUUCCCCCAAAGAUGACAGACUUUGCCUUAGUAUCAAGAUGAGUUUUUUAAAACUGCAUAAUUGAAUAGGCUACAUUAGGAGACAAGGAAUUGUCCAUGCUGGAUGUGUUCAAGCAGAAGUUGAACAUGCUCCUGACAAGUUUGUUGUAAAGGAAUUCAAGUAUCAUAUGAGGGGAUGGACUCAAAUUUUAAAUUCUCUGUGAAAUAUAAGAAUUGAGUUUUCUGCACCUGGUUUCACACUUUUUCACUGAAGUGAAAAAAAUGACUAUAUUACAGAGACCUGGAAGGGAGCAUAAAGAUGGCUUCAGUGUUGCACCCUCAUUUUACAAGUGAAUGUGCAAGCCCAAAAAGACUGAGUUAGUGGAAGCCAAGUCUGGAACCCAGGCCUCUUGAUUCUUAGUCUAAAAUGGUUUUCAUGUCUUUUUCAGUGGUCCACCGUGUACCUCAUCAAAGCCAGAAACUGUGUCCCAUUUGACUCUAUCCUUACCCCUUAUGUAAAACCAGUCAUCAAGUCCUUUAGAUUCCACUUCCUUAAGUGUUUCUUGACUCAGUCCUCUCCUCGGUAUACUCACUGCUUCUGGCUUGAUGCAGCCAUCAUCAUCUCUUCUAAAGUAUGGGAUUAGCUUCCUAAUGAGCUCCUUGCCUGAAAUCUUGCCCCUUUUAGUUCACUCCUCACACAGCUGACAGAGUCAUCUUUCUAAAACUCAGAUCUGAUCCCUCCAUUCCCCUGCUUUCACCUCUUUAAGUGGGUCACUUCUGGCCCCAAGCAGGGUUUUUUCAUGUCCCUGCUGUCCUCUCCAUCCUCAUACUCCCUGUCCCAAACAGUCUCUGUGCUGCUCUGGCUGUAGAGGAUUAUCUGUAGUUAUUCCCAGUUCUCACCAUGCUCUCACUUGCCUCACACCUUUGCACCUUCUGGAAUAUGCUCUUCAGAUUGUCUCCUGUGGUUCCUUUCUUUUCAUACUUUAGGACUGAGCCUCAUUCUGGAACCUGUGUCUCCUAUGGGCUUGGUGCAUUGCCUCUAUGUUCCCACAGCCUCCUUUACAUCCCUCAAGCAUUGUAUUUUCUACAGGUUUACAAAUGUAAUCCCCUGAAGCAGGUAGGCAGGAAAAAAAAGGGGUCAAGUGGUCUGGAGGACAAUAAUAGAGACUGAAAAAUCAGUGUAGUCUCUCUCAGAAGACAGUUGCUAUUCAGCUCCACUUAAGUUGUAUUAAGUAUGAGCCUGGUAAUGUUAAAGCUGAUUCUUCCAGAAAAGCCAGAAAUCUGCAUUUUCAUGUAAAAAAUACACACUUUAAAAAUUUUGGUAACUAAAGUAAAAGUAAAUUCUGAGACAAAACGUGUCUUCAGGUAGAUUUGUGCCCGUUUGCAACUUCUGCACCAUCACCGUGUGUUUACAUGUCUGUUUCUUCCAACCAAUCUGUGAAUAGCUGGACAGUAAGAAUAUCUGUGUUGUUUCCACAGCACAGCUCCUGGCACAUACCAGGCAAGGAAAGAGUGAAUGAGUCCAUGAAUCUAGAGCAAAUUUAGCAGUACUGUGGCUUGCCUGCAAAAGCCAGCCCUGAGAGUCAAGUUUCUGAAAGGACUUUGUAUUUGGCUUUGACAUGAUUGACCUCAGGAAACAGAAUUAUGGAGAAGGUACACACCUAGCAGUUGGCAGACUUCUUGUCUUAGGAACCGCUUAAGCUAGAAGAAAUUAAGUAUGGGCAGAGUGAGGGCUGGGCAAGCAACUUACAAAUUGAAUCAAUGUUUAAUGAUUAAGGCAUGGGACUAGUGUCACAGAAAAAUACCUUCUCCCAAGGCUGCAUAUUUCUAGCACUGGCCAGGUACAACAGAUUCAGAAGUAGGGGUAUUUAUUAGCAGGUUCUAUACAAAGUUUAGUAACUUCACUGUCAAUUUGGUCUCUAAGAAGUUUGCACUAAGUUCUCUUUAAUGUAGAGACAGCUCACUUAGGAACACUGAUUAUACCCACACCUAAUUCAACACCCACUGGAGCUGUCUUAUCUUAUAUUUGACAAAAUUUUUUUUAUUGCAUCAGAGAAACAGUCUGAAUUUUAUCGAACAUCCCUCCUGGCUAUAAGUGUCUGGCUUUAUGAGGGAACUGAGAUCUAGAAAGAUCCUAUCAUCUGACAAGUGGCUGGUUGCAGAAAGGGCACUGAGCAGGGCCUUCUCAGACCUCUAGGUUGAGUGUCAGGUCUGUGAGGAUUUUUCGCCUAUGGGCCUCCUAAGGAAGUGGUAGAAAGAGAUCAAGACACAACAUCUAAUCCUAGGUUCUAAUCCUGCAUUUUCCGCAUUCUUGCUGGGUAAACCUGGAAAGAUCACUUUCCAUUCUGAUGGCCUUAGCUUAAUUUUUCUUGUCAAUCCACAUCUUAAGUUGCUGUUCAGUCUGUGGAUUGCCUGCAAUUAGGUCAGAUCCUACGUGGGGCCAAUCAGGUGAUGGGAUCACGUGGAGCAAAAAUCAGCUUUCUGUCUGUGGCUUCAACAGGACUGGAGUGGAGCAACUUUAGCUAUGGCCAUGAUAGAUAGUAUGCCUAAUAAAUGUCUAGGUAAAGAGUUGCCAAAUAUUUGGUGAAUAAAUGAAUCUCAUCUCAUUCUUUAAGACUUGUGUCAUGUCCUUAGGGAUGUCUUCCCUAAUUUUCCUUCCAUUCUGGUAGGAUAAGUUAGUUCACCCUUUGUGCCGCCACUAGACCUGAUAUAACUAUUAGAAUGUUAACACACUGUAUCAUUAUUUUCUUGUUUAUUUGUCUCUCUCCCACUCACAUAACUUCUGAGGGCAGGAACUAUAACAUUCAUUUCUGUACCCCCAGGGCCCAGCAAUAACUGGUCAUUAAGAAUAUUAGUAAGAGACUCUCAGUAAAUGAGUAUGAAAGAGAAUUACUGAAUAAUGAGUGAGAGAAUAGAUAGUUCCUUUGGGUUCCAACAUCCUAUGAAUCUGUGAAAUAAUAAGCUGCUAUAUUAAGAACCAUAAAAUGAAACUAGUUGGCUUUACACAGCAGCCCCAUUAGUAGAAAGAUAAUGACAAUGGUUUCAAUUUAUCGACUUACUACAUGGCAGGUAGUGUGCUAGUAAGACUUUCUAUGAAUUACCCUGUUUAAUACCUGUGAUAACUCCAGGUACUAAUACUAUCCCAAUCUGACCAAUGAGAACAGUGAAACUGAGAGAUUAAAUGCCCAAUCAGUGAGUGGCAGAAAGCUGUAGUUCAAAGUCAAGGCUAUUUGACGUCAAAGCCCAUAUUCAUAACUCUUUAAAGAGGAAAAAAUAAGGUAAUACUGAUAACUGUUAAAGUUCCAUCAGUCUAUUGUGAGGCUUCAUAAAAGCCACCUGGUUUAAUAGAACAAAGACUAUCUCUGCCAGUAGGAACCCUUCAGAGGCAUCUAGUCUAGCCCCAUCAUUUUAUCAUGAGGGAAUCUGAGGCCCAGAGAGAACUGUCUAGCAAGGCUCAGGUUUAGUUAGCAGGACGGCCUGCCUAGAUCCCACAUAUCAAGGCAUAGCUCCUUUGACUGUUACUGAAGUGCUCCCUCAGUUCAUUCAGGGCGCUGCUUGUAUGUCAUUGCACAGACUUUCCCUGACCACAUAUCUGAAGUAGCCCCCAUCACUCUUCUUCUUUAUUUUUCUUCAUAACAGAUUCUACUUACAUUAUGUAUUUAUUUGUUUACUUGUUUAUUUUACCCACUACAAUAUACGCUUCAAGAGGACAAGACUUUUACUGCUGCUUCUCUGGAGCCUGUAGCAGUGCCUGGCAUAUAAGGUACUUAAUAAAAAUUGGUUGAAUUGUUGGUUAAACAUUCCUAAGAAUCAAUUGUAAUGUGAUUUUAAUGCACUGAAACUUUUCUUUGGCCUUCAAACUUCAAAGCAGAAGGCUGUCUUCAUUUUUGCCUUUAUUUGUGCUUACUUCUGGCCUACCAUUUACCACAAUAUUAAACUUUGGUAAACAUCUGUCUCCUCCCCUGAUUUUGAGCCAUUUCCCCACAUCCGCCCUAGGACAGGCACCUUGCCUAAGUCAUCCAUGUAUCCCAAAGCCUAGCACAGGACCUGUUCAGAAAUGCUUGUGGAGGCUGGUAUGGACGCGGUAAGAGUGAUAGUCACAGGCAUCACUGCUUAGUGAUUUAUUCUCUUAAGUCUCCAUCAGCAGGUGGAAUGGAACACCCCUCCCACCCUGACGCCUUGGGUAGCCAAGGCGUUAUACUCCUUUACUGCCUGCUCUGUCUGGAGGACCCGCACAUCAAUGCCUUUUUUCUUGAGGUACUCCACAGUUGAUGGGGGUACCUGGAAAGAAGGAAAAAGAUGAGUAAGUUAAGGGGAAAGGCUGCCAGGGUUUCCUUUCCUGCCAUAGGGCAGAUCUAUUCUAGAGAAUUGGACAGUGACAACUGUCUCCUCAAUCACCCAGUGUGUCACCAGUCCAGAAUUUGGCAGUGAGCCCCAAGAAGUUAAAAAGGCUUAUAAGAAGUUGACAGAGUAUCAUAAAAUGUGUGCAUACAGCUCAGGUGAAAUGGAAACUGUAAAGAGCAUGGAUUUUGGAGUCAGUGGUGAAUUUAAGUCUUUACUAGCAGUGUGACUUUGGGUAAGUGACCUAAAUUUUCUGAGCCGUUGUUUUCAUGUCUAUACAUAGGGAUAAUAAUACCUAGCUCACAGGAUUGGUAGUACUAAUUCAGCUAAGGUAUGUAAAAUCUCUAGCAUGUAAGUGUUCAAUGUUUUGAGUCAGUCCAACCUGAGUCUAAAUUCUAACUUUGCCAUGUACUAACCCACAGACCUUAGGACAGCUAUUUAAAGUCUCUCAACCAGAAUUUCCACCCCUAUAAAAUGGAGAUAAUAAUGCUUAAAAUCACAGGGUUGGUUUGAGGAUGAAACUAAUGAAUGUAUGUAUACUGUAGCUCAAAUGUCUUCUCAGAAAGGCCUUUCUUGACCACCCCAUUUUAGAGAAGCUCCUCUUAAGUCACCAUUUUCUUCACAGCAUUUAUUACAAUCUGAAAUUUUCUGUUUUUAUUAUCCAUGAGGGCCUCGAACCCCUUGUUUGUCUUGUUUAUCUUGUCUCCAGAGCCUAGAAUAAUGUCUGAUCUAUAGAAGGUGCUUGAGUAAAUAUUUGUAAAUGAAUUUGUAUAAAAGAUUCUCAAUAGUGGCAGCUAUUAUUGGAUAUUUUCUCAACUCUGGCUUGUCCUGAAUAUUAUUUUAAAUAGAUUUUAAUUAGACUCUGCCUCGUCAGAAAGAACUCUGAGUGAAGUGUUUUUCAGAAUGCCCUAUAUUACUUUUUUAUAUGUUUGAACAAUUUUGUAAUGUAACAGUAGCCUUACAGAUAGAAAUUAUUUUAAUGGAGGAAAAAACUAGGUUAAACUAAAAAAAUAUAAAUAAAUAAGGGCACCUUCAUCAGUAGGGAACUGGAUUUUAGGACAUCUAUAUAAAGGGAAGAAGGAUGUAGACCUCUAUAUACUUAUGUGAAGGGCUGUCCACAAUGCAAUAAUGUAACUGAAUAAAAAGUUACAGAGCAAUAUGUAUAGUGUGAGCCUAUUUAUGUAAAAUAUUUAUGUAAAAACAUAUAUAUCAGUAUGUGUUAAGUGUAUAUACAUUUGCAGAUGCACAGAACUGGAGCAGUUACAGAUAAAAUGUGGAGACUGGGAGAGGGAAAUCUUAUACCUUUUAAAUUCUAGAUUUCUACUUUGACUCUUUUACAAUAAGCAUGUAUUAUUUCUAUAAGUAAAUAAAAUAAUCUUUUUAUUAUUUAA